GCCAGUUUAACUGUGGCUUGUCUUAGUUUGUACAAUGCGGGGCAAGAGUAGAGUCGCCAUGCGCGUAGCUGCUCUAACGAUUAUAAGUCUGCUGAGCUUGGUGCAAGGGUCAAGCGAGCCAGACCUAUAUAGAGGUCUAAGUAAUUACACCUUUUCUGAAGAUUUCAUGUUUGGAGUCGCUACUGCUGCUUUCCAAAUUGAAGGAGGUUGGAAUGAAGGAGGUAGAGGCGAGAGUAUUUGGGACACAUAUUUGCACAAACAUCCAAAUUUCACAUUAGAUCGUUCUAAUGGCGACGUCGCAGCCGAUUCUUAUCAUAAAUAUGAAGAAGACAUAGUUAUGGUGCAGAGUCUUGGAGUCAAAUACUAUCGACUGUCUAUGUCAUGGACAAGACUUUUACCUGAAGGUACAGACAAUUACGUUAGUGAAGAUGGUAAAAAGUAUUACAGGAAUCUUUUCGAAGGUCUCUUAAAAGCUAAUAUCACCCCCAUGGUUACACUGUUUCACUGGGACCUGCCUACACCUUUGAUGGAUCUUGGUGGAUGGACAAAUCCAAAAAUUGUAGAUUUUUUCGAAGAUUACGCAAGAGUUGCGUUUAAUUUGUUUGGUGAUAUAGUUAAAUUAUGGACUACUAUUAAUGAGCCUCAUCAGCAUUGUGCUAAUGGAUAUGGAAAUAUUUUUUUCGUACCGGCACUGGAUGCACAUGGCAUUGGGGAGUAUUUGUGUACACACUAUAUAUUAUUGGCUCACGCACGUGCUUACCAUCUAUACCACAGUCAGUUCGGGCCUCAUCAACAUGGAAAAAUUGGAAUUACCUUGGACUCUUUUGGAGCCAAACCCAAAAAUGAAUCAAACCCAUACGAUCACGUGGCUGUGGAGCAAUAUUUACAAAUGCAUCUCGGCCUCUACGCUCAUCCAAUUUUCUCAAGCACUGGGGACUACCCGGAAUUCGUGCGUAAAAGAGUCGACUACAUGAGCAGGGAUCAAGGUUACACGCGUUCUCGUCUGCCGUACUUUACUACAGAAGAGAUAGCGAUGCUAAAAGGGAGCUCUGAUUUCUUUGGGCUAAAUCAUUAUACAACUUAUUUGAUUAGCCAUUGUUCAGGGAACAAAGCGUGGAAAGUGCCGUCAAUGGACCAUGAUACUGGAGUAUGUAUGGAGCAACAUCCAGCCUGGGUGAAACCUGGCGCCGAUUGGUUCACAAUCUAUCCUCCGGGUUUCCGGAAAAUACUCAACUACAUAAAGAAUAAUUAUGGCAAUGUGCCAAUUAUAGUGACCGAGAACGGAUUGUGCGAUUACGGAGGGCUCGAGGACUUCGUAAGAGUAUCAUAUUUCAACAAAUAUCUGUACCAGCUACUUCUCGCUGUGAAUAUAGACCGAUGUAACGUCAUAGGCUACUUCGCCUGGACGCUAAUGGAUGACUUCGAAUGGAACGAUGGCUAUGUAACUAAAUUCGGACUAUUUCAUGUGGAUUACGAGAGCCCAGAUCGUACCAGAACACCUAAACUCUCCGCUGCAAACUAUGGACAGAUAGUACGAACGCGACAAAUAGACUUUGAUUUUAUCAAACCGCCGACAAAAUACCAACCACAAUCAAACAGAUUGUAGACAAACUAGCUGAAUACCAUAUCGGGAUGUCGGUGUAUGCAACAUCGCCUAGCUUUUUAGAAGCAACUUAGAUUUAAAUACUUAUAGAAUCAAAAGAUCGAACGAACAAGAGGAUAAAGAUGAUAUUUGAGGAACACAGAUGUGGAUGAUCGCCGCUUAGAACAGAACAGAGAAGUAGUAAGAGAAAUUGUAAGUAAGGAAGUAUAUAAGAUCACCAGAAGAUAAAAUUCCUUGAAAUAAAU